ACUAAGGGAAGCUGGRUUGUUGCUGUCCUGGAACUCAUGAACACAGUCACUGGUGGGACACGGCGAGUCCCAGACCUCGCAGUGUCACAUGGUACUUCCCACCAAGGUGGCUAUUCCCAUGCUGCGGUGGUCCAUGCCCUACAGAAAUGUGGCAUUCGUCAUAUUGACACAGCAAAAAGAUAUGGCUGUGAAUCCCUGCUCCAAAGGGCCAUCAGASAGAGUGGUGUGAAGCGAGAGGACCUCUGGAUAACUACCAAACUGUGGCAUAGUGAUUAUGGCUAUGAAAACACAAAAAAGGCCUGCUUGGAGUCAUGUGAAAGACUUGGUGUUCAAUAUCUUGAUCUUUAUCUGAUGCACUGGCCUGAUGCACAAGUUCCAGGUAAAAGCAAUCGAGAGGUCCGAGCUGAAACCUGGAGAGCRAUGGAAGAACUCUAUGAGAAAGGUUUGUGUAAAUCAAUUGGCGUAAGCAAUUUUCUUAUCASCCAUCUUGAGCAACUAAAGGAAGACUGUGUGAUUACUCCACAUGUUAAUCAAGUUGAAUACCACCCUUUCCAAAGACCUCAGGAGCUGGUUGAUUAUUGUAGAAGCAGAGAUAUUGUUUUUGAAGGCUACUGUCCUUUAGCCAAAGGUGAAGCGCUCACUCAUCCUACUAUCAUUCAGCUGGCAAAGAAGUAUGGCAGAACUCCAGCACAGAUUUGUAUACGCUGGAGCAUACAGAAUGGGAUUGUCACUAUUCCAAAGUCAACAAAAGCAGAACGGAUAGAGGAAAACUGCAAGGUGUUUGAUUUUACAAUAGCAGAAGAUGAUGUUGAAAUUCUGAAUGGAAUGCAUGAUGGGAGACACGUUUCGUGGGAUCCAAGUCAUAUUGUGUGAAUCAAGGUUUUUGAUUCUAAUCUGAGGAAAGAAGAUGUAGAAUUUCUGAACACUAUGAAUAUAAACAGAAAAUUAGUUCAUCUAACCUAUUCACUGUGGAAAGAAUAAUUUAAAACCAGAUCAUGCAAAACUGGAAAAGUCAUGCAACUGAAACAUUAAUUAAUUUUAAACUGAACAAUAAAUCUAAAUUGUUCUCUUUAGGUAUCUCAGUGUCACUCAAGAAUCAAUAUAAAUGGUUUGUAUUUACUCUUAUGUUGACAAAUUAAUAAAAUAAUUUA